GGCGGCAGCGCCGGGGCCGCUCCUCCCGCCGGCCGCCCGGUGCCCGCCCGCCUGCCUGGGCCGGGCUGUCCGGCGGCCUGGCGGCACUGGCGGGGCGGGGAGGAUGGGCGCAGGGAGCAGCAGCAGCAGUACUAGCAGCACAAGGAGCAGCAGCAGCAGUACAAGCAGCAGCAGCAGCAGCACAAGGAGGUGCAGCAGCAGCGUUGGGCGCUGAGCCGAGGCAGGGCAUGGCGCUGCCGGGGGAGCGCGGCGCAGAGCCGCAGCCCGGCGCCUCCCGCCCCGCCGCCGCCGACGAUGAGGACGGCGGCGGAGGAGAACCAGGAGGAGGAGGAGGAGGGCAACCGGAGGCGCUGUCGCUGGAGGAGAUCCUGCGGCUGUACAACCAGCCCAUCAACGAGGAGCAGGCGUGGGCCGUGUGCUACCAGUGCUGCGGGUGGCUGCGGGCCCGCGCCCGCCGCGGAGAGACCCCCGCGGGCAGGCCGGGGGCGGCCGCGCACCUCCGCGUCUGGAGGGACGGCGCCGUCAGCAUGGAGCGGGGCGAGCCCCGGCGGCCGCCCCACAGCGCCGCAGAUAAAUCAGGCCGGUUACACUGCACAGAAAUGGAGGUUAUCGAAUCCCUAGGGAUUAUUAUAUACAAAGCCUUGGACUAUGGUUUGAAGGACAAUGAAGAGCGGGAAUUAAGUCCUCCGCUGGAGCAGCUUAUAGACCACAUGACCAACACCACAGAAACUGAUGGGAGUAGAGAUGAAGGAUAUGAUGCUCUGGAUGAGGGAGUGGAGGACGAUGACGAUGAUGACAAAGCAGAAGUUGAGGCUAUUCAUUCCUACAAAGAUGUCAUGAAGCUGUGUGCUGCCCACCUGCCAACCCGAUCAGAGGCAGCAAACCACUAUCAAGCAGUAUGUCGGGCUCUGUUUGCUGAAACAAUGGAGCUGUACACUUUCUUGGCCAAAAUUAAAAGUGCAAAAGAGAAUCUGAAGAAGAUUCAAGAAAUGGACAAAGAGGCAAGUGAUGAAUCCAGUACAGAUCUUGAUGACUUAAAGAAUGCUGACUGGGCUCGUUUUUGGGUACAAGUGAUGCGAGAUUUACGGAAUGGUGUCAAACUUAAGAAGGUUCAAGAGCGUCAGUACAACCCACUCCCCAUAGAAUAUCAGCUCACACCCUAUGAAAUGCUGAUGGAUGAUAUUAGAUCCAAACGCUAUACCUUAAGAAAGGUCAUGGUCAACGGUGACAUUCCACCUCGAUUAAAAAAGAGUGCCCAUGAAAUAAUCCUGGAUUUCAUCCGAUCACGACCUCCAUUAAAUCCUGCCUCUGCAAGAAAACUGAAACCAACCCCACCACGGCCACGCAGCCUUCAUGAGAGGAUAUUGGAGGAAAUCAAGGCAGAGAGAAAGUUGCGUCCAGUCUCACCUGAUGAGAUCAGGCGUAGCAGGCUGGAUGUAUCAGCGCCAGAGGCUGGAAGAAAAUUAGUGGAUGCCUCUGUAGCAAACGGUGGCCUGGCACCACAAGGAAAGCAGAAUGGGGCCGCACAAGUGACAGUGCAACGAAAGAGACUCCUUAAGGCUCCCACGUUGGCUGAACUUGACAGCUCAGAUUCGGAGGAGGAAUCAGUGCAUAAAUCAACAAGUAGCAGCAGCAUCUCCCCCUCACAAGUGGAAGACCCCUCUCAGGAAGGCACCAGCAGCAGAAAGACGCCUCCCAAGUUCUUGCCCAUAUCAUCUACACCACAGCCAGAGAGACGGCAGCCACCUCAGAGACGACACUCCAUUGAAAAGGAAACACCAACCAAUGUGAGACAGUUUCUACCACCUUCAAAACAGAGCUCCAGAUCACUUGAGGAGUUCUGUUACCCGGUGGAAUGUCUGGCUCUGACGGUGGAGGAAGUCAUGCACAUCCGUCAGGUGCUGGUGAAGGCAGAGCUGGAAAAGUACCAGCAAUAUAAAGAUGUCUACACCGCUCUCAAAAAAGGAAAGCUCUGCUUUUGCUGUCGAACAAGAAGGUUUUCUUUCUUUACCUGGUCUUACACUUGUCAGUUCUGUAAGAGGCCUGUAUGCUCACAGUGCUGCAAAAAAAUGCGAUUGCCAUCAAAGCCAUACUCUACUCUCCCCAUUUUCUCACUGGGACCUUCUACCUUGCAAAGAGGAGAAAGUUUUAUGAGGCCAGAGAAACCCUCCACCAGUCACCACCGAUCACUGCGGAGCAUGCCCAGGUUGGCGUCAAGGUCCAAAUCCGUGGAUAAGUCCAGUGAAGAGCUGCAGUUUCCCAAAGAAUUAAUGGAGGACUGGAGCACGAUGGAGGUGUGCGUGGACUGCAAGAAGUUUAUUUCAGAAAUCAUCAAUUCAAGCCGGCGCAGCCUCUCUCUGGCCAACAAGCGAGCCAGGUUAAAAAGGAAAACGCAGUCCUUCUACAUGUCCUCGCCAGGAACCUCUGAAUACUGCCCCUCUGAAAGAACUAUCAAUGAGAUCUGAGCCUUGUGCCUUUUGCUUUGCUUUUGUCUUCAUGAGGUCACCAUCCAUAAGAAAGGUCACGAAAACUGGAUUCUCAUUCCGUUGCUUCGUUUCACUCGACAGGCUUGAAUUUGCAUUAGAUCACAGGAUUUCCUACUCCAAUGCUUUCCAGAGACACAGAAGGCUGUUUUUAUCUGUACAGAAUGGGAUGCAAUGGGUCAGCGCUGGAAGAAAAUCAGUAGUUUGAAAUUGUUGCCUCUUUUGUAUGUGUGCAUUGAAACUAGAAAGCUUUUUCUUGCUUUCAGUCCUCUUUUUUUUUUUAACCAUUCUUCGAAUCAUUUUUCAGGAGAUGAGCUCAAACAUGUUUGAUGGAGAACCAAAUCUAACAAAGUGUCAGUGUUAGCACGGUAGCAAACAGUAAGUCAUAUCGGCAUUACCAGGCUAGUAAUGCUCACAUCCUAGAUUAAAAAACAAGGAGUCAAUUCGCACACCAGGCACCUAGCGUGAGCGGCGGUGGUCCAGUCGGUCUUUCUUUGAACCAUUUCUGUUGCUCUGAGAUCAGGGUCCAGCCCGGGACUUCCCAGUGUCUGUGUACCGGGGCAAAAUACGUGACGGCUGUCGGCCCGUGUGGCAGCCUGAGCUGCUGUCCUUCUUAAGCCUUAGUGUUCUUCUGAGUGUCUCCUGAGCAGGUUUUAGUAGUUCACUUUCUAUCUCGAAUGUACGAUGAUGAUUACUAGUAAAUUUUAGUAGCAGACAGUUGUACAGCGCGUGGGGAGGACAUAAGGGAGGCUUCUCAUUUUGACUGGAAACCUGUAAAGUUGUUCUCGUGGUUCCUCAGAGGAGAGGGUGGGUAAAGGUGUACAUUUGUAUCAUAGGGGAGCGCGCAAAUACUGCUAUCGUUAUGUCUGACAGCAUAUCCACUGGUAACCCCAUUUUUUCUGGGGUUUAUAACUUGGCUGUAAAAAUUAGGAUUCUGCUGAAAUUUGGGACGGUGCUGUCUCAGAUUGGGAGCAGUCUCUCUGUUCCCCCCCAUCCCUUUUUUUCUUUCUUUUUCCCUUUUUAGUUUGCUCACAAAAGAAUGCUAGACUAGUUGGUUAGAAGUUCCAGCGAUGGUACACUGUUAACUGACAUCACAUGCUUUUUUUGCACUUUUUUUUUUUUGUUCCAAGUACUUUUUUUUUUUUUAAAUGCAGGCGUAGCCAGAGUUUAGUCUAUAAUUUAGGGCCAGACCGUUUUGGUAUUUCAAAACAAGCUAAUAUAGCCGAGUUAUUAAUACUUGAAAAUCAACUACUGUAACUUUUUCAUAAAUUUUUUAAUACCCUGAGGCGUAUUUAAUAUCUAUAUAGCAGUGUAUUAUAGAGUGACAUAGCAGAAAAAAAGUUUCAGAUCUAUUUAUUAACAUUUCUAUACUAAGGAUUAAUGAGAGAUACCUCAGAACUGCUCCAAAGUAGCUGGGACCGGAUUUAACCUGACGUGAUUUUAAUGGUGCAUUCACCAAAACAAAUCCUCCCGUCCAAGUCUGGUGCGUUUGGAAGCCCGGGGGGAGGCAGCCCUGGGGUGGCCCCGUGCCGUGGUGCGGGCAGCUCGGCUCCACUUUCACCGCAGGUCGCUGCUGCUGCCCAGGGGAAGACGACUCCCCCUUCCCCUUCCCCUUCCCCUUCCCCUUCCCCUUCCCCUUCCCCUUCCCCUUCCCCUUCCCCUUCCCCUUCCCCUUCCCCUUCCCCUUCCCCUUCCCCUUCCCCUGUCGGUCUGUUCGCAUGUAACGCUGCAGCCUUCGGAGCAGCCACUCGUAUAUAUUCAAGGUGAUUCGAAAAGCACAGGCAGAAGUCUCCUUCAGCCUUCCCAGAGAUUCAUCCCUCCUUUUUUUUCUUUAAAUGGAAAACGAGGAUUUUGCAUAUGCAGAGCUGAUGGAAAUAACGUUUUAACAUCUUUCUGACCCAAACCAAACAGGAAAAGCAGGGCCAGAGCUAGCUCUCCCUCUUCGGCUGCCCCAUCUGUGUAAGGUCAGGUGUCAGGGCCUUUUUGGGGUACCUCUGGAAGCGUUUUGCAUGUUAAAGCACCCGGAGUGUUGGCGUGGGGGGGUAAGGACGUAGGAUUGCAGGGACUGCUCGGAAGGGCCCUGCUGCUGCUGGAAGGCUCGCCUGAUCUCAGCCACAUCAGCACUUUUUCUCAUUUCUGUGCCAAAACCAGGCCUCGGGAUCGCUGCGUCGUGCGUCAGGAGAACUAGGCUGAAAGAAAGGCGUGAAGUCUCACGCUGAGCUCCCCCUCUCGUCGCCGGUUUGAUUUUCUCCUGCGGGCGCCCUGCCCACGUGCUGCAGUCGCUCUGACUCUCUGCUCCCCGUCCUCUUCCUCGGCAUCUUCAAGCCGCUUAGCCGCAGUCUGCCCAGCAGCUCGUCUUCCCCUUUGAGACGGACGUAGGGCAUCGCAGAGCUGGCAGCAGCAAGGACCGAGAAAUCCCGAGCGAUCCCCCGGGACGUGCCAAGGCCCCUCCGCCUCGGCAGCGCCGUGGGGCAGCGGCUGAGCCUCCGGCCAGCUUCGCAGGGGGUAGCGUGGAGGGGGGAGCUCAUUUCCUACGCUGCCUGCAUCUCUGCGGAGAGAGAGGGCUGGUCGUAGCUUUCCGCCUCGCUGCUUGCUCUGGCAUCCCCGGUCCCCUCCCGUCGCUCGCCUGCGAGCCCCGCGGCGCUGCCCUGCACGUCCCGGCCCUGCUCUGAGCUUCGCGGCAGCGUCAGGAUGAAAGCGGAAGCCUGUAAAUAGGUGUAAUGUAUUUAUUAAUAUUUAGGGAGUCUCCAUCAAUCAUGCAGUGGGAACUGACCUUCCCGUGAUGUUUUAAAAAGAAAACGAGUCCUAUUUAUAUGUGUUGGCUGUUACCUUUAUUAGAGUUAACGCUUUCAGCCCCUCAAGGCAGUUUGCUCUCCAUAGGCAUUUUAGAGUGAAUUAUUGCUGAAAGGAAGGUGGGACCAGCACAGUGAGCUCCCUUCCGGGAAUUUUUACAAUCUCGUUAUUUUUCUAGCUUCGUUAAUAUGCCCACAGCCUGUUUAGAUGGACCGUGGGAGACCCAAGGAGUUAAAAAUGCCGCGGGCAGCGUCGGUCUUGUUUCAUCUAUGACCCUGGUUGUGGAGGAUUCAAACCCAGCUGUGCCUCGCUGCUGCGAUGGAGGGAGCGAGCAGAGCCUUGCUGCAGCUCUCACACGUACAGAACCUGAAGUUGCAAAUGUUCAUGGUGACAUUAUUGCUUAUGGGGUUUGUUGGCUGGUUUUUUUUUUUUCCUCCCUUUUCCCGUUAUUUCUGUUAUACUGGGAGGGGUGUUACUGGGCGAAAAUAAAAUGCCUUUCC